AUGGCCAACAGUGGAGAUCGUGCUGAUUCUUGUCCCCCGUUCGAGACGCUACACCAUUCGAAACCGUACUGUGAACCAACCUGCGUCCAGGAUUGUUCGCAAACGCCGCCUCGUAACCAGUUUCUCAUCUACGAUCCAACGUGCGUCUGCCUGGAAGGAUACGUACGGCACAAAGGAGCGUGUAUACUGAAGCAGCAAUGUCCGCCGUCAGAACACCCACAAGAACCUUGUGAAAUAAAAGUUCAUCGUGCCCCUAGGAUCACGAAGUUACUGUGCCAGCCGAAGCCGAAGCCACCGUGCAGCAAACCAAAGCAAUAUCCACCUUGCCGGACAAUCCUACUUCGUCGGAUCCUAAAGACCAAGCAACCGAAACCGUGCCAAAAUGUAACGGUGCCUCCAUGUAAACCGACGACACCAGUGCCUUGUAAGCCCACGACUAAACUGUAUCUACCACCAACCACUAAGCCACCGCCGCCACCACCAGCACCACCAAAACAAUGCUCGGCCUGCGAACGGUUAGUCGUAGUGGCACCUUGCUGUGAGCCGACCUGCGAGAAUGAUUGCUCCAGCGUAUCCUCCUGCCCAGUGGUGCUUGUCGCAUCGCAACCUACCUGCGCCUGCCAGCCCGGACUUGUUCGACACCAAGGACACUGCAUCGAACCGGCGGCUUGCCCAAGAAGUGUAUCGAGAUAUCAAUUAUACGCGCCCGUCGGUACGGUGUGCGCUCGAUGUUCCGGAAACACGAUCCAGCACGGUCACCAUCCAGCGAUAAUCUCUGCUGUACCAGCGGAAUGUAACGAGGACCACUAUCCUUCGUAUCUGCCGGAAGAUGCUGUGUGCUAG